AUGCCGUCGCAGGCGGAGGAUGCAAUCCGCACCAUUUCGGCUUCAGCCACCCAACUCGGCAACCAAAUCUCGGUGCACAUGCUGAACUAUCUCAGCACUACCCAGCAGUUACCAGAUGGUUUUCGUGAACUUUCGCACACCUUCCUUGACACCUGUCGCACUCUGUGGGCCAUUGAGACCGGAGUGACUGAAUUGACCGCCGCCAACCGAGCAUUGCCGGAGGUUAUCAUCGAUGAAGUGGAGAAGAAAUUCGUUGUCGCAUACCGUGAAUUCCAACAAUUGGACAAAGUCAUUUUGAAGCUCGUUCAAUAUGAGCAUCGCGGAACACUAGGGAAACUCCAACGGGGAUGGCAUCGCCCGGCGCAUGAGCUGAAGCGCAUCCACGAGUCCUUGAAGAAGACAAAUGAAACCCUCCAGAUCAGCGGUAUGGCAUUCCAUUGGUCCCUCAGAGAGGUACAGCCGGAGGAGUCGGUGGGCAUUGGUUACGCUAGUCUGGCCGCUGCGCUGGACCGCAUCUCCAAAGGCCGCUCGAUCAUGGGCAUAAACAAAGUUGCGUCUUCUGAUAAUAGCGGGCCUGGGCCAUCCCUCCGAACUCAAUCGUUUGAUUCCGAUGGCUCUUCACCCUCUGUGCCCUCAAAAGAUCCCUCUCCCCUUCGGGGUGCACCUAAGGAAUACCAAUCUGAAGAAAAUAGUCAGGGAACUUCUCCUCGACAGGACCGCGGCAGUUACGGGGACGAUGUAUCCUCCAUUCUCUCUCUCAAUCAGUUCCUGAGCUCUCAACCUGGACGCGAGCCUCAAACAAUUGCUCCCCGUGAACAACAAUCGAUGCCGUAUCGGCCGGCCAAGACAAGCGCUCCAGCUUCCGUCGCGGAGACCAGUAUACGGCAUGAGGGUGAAUCAGAUACUUUGCCUCCCCGCUUAUCCAGCAAGAUGGCGGGUGGAAGUACGUCGACCAUUCGGAAUAAUCUGUCUUCUGCGAUGAGGGAGCGCGAUCAUGCAUCAAUUGAGCAACUCUUGAAUAGCGGGGUGUCGCCAGACAAGGAGGGCGACUUCUAUCCACUCCUCGAGGCCGUGAACCAACGGGAUAUCGAAAGCCUGCGGCUAUUACUGGCCUUCGAAGCCAAUCCCAAUAUUGCCGAACCACAAGGAAAGACACCCCUCCUCCUGACGGUGGAACAGGGAUUCGUGGACGGAGCCAUGCUAUUGCUGAAACACGGUGCUGAUGUAAACUACCGCGCGAACGAGAAGCUAGAUUCACCUCUGAGCUGCAGCAUCAACAAAAGAAACAUCAAGCUCGCACAGUUCAUGUUCUCCCACGGCGGAAAUCCAAAUGAAGAAACCCCCAGCGGCACAACAUUAUUGAUCGAUCUAAUCCGCAAGCAAGUCCCGGAACAACUAGUUCAAAUAUUGCUUGAAGCCGGCUGCGAUCCCAACCGCAAGGACAACCACGGCAAAACAGCGCUCUGCGAAGCAGUUCAUGACGACCAACCAGGAAUCGUGACAAUGCUACUAGAUCACCACGCAAACCCAAAUCUCCCAGGUCCCGAACAUGCUCUCUGGCCCGCUGUCUAUCGCCCAGCCUGUCUACGCAUCCUACUCGCCCGCGGCGCCGACAUCCGCAAAGCCCCAGGAAUAAUGGAGCAGGCGACAAGCGUAAACAACAUCGACGCAGUCCGCGUCUUACUCGAAGCUGGCAUAGACCCCAAUUCCAAAAAGGAUGGGAUAUACACCCCGCUAUGCUCCGCCAUCCGCGACGACCGCCCAGAUAUAAUCACCCUCCUCCUCAGCCACGGCGCCGAUCCAAAUCUAAUGGCAUCAGAGUAUCCAGCAUGGAAAUGCAUCACUCACAACCGCCUCGGAUUCCUCCCAGAACUGAUCGCAGCAGGCGCUGAUCUGCACAAUCCCCCAGGCAUAGUCGAAUGCGCAGUCCAACUCAACAAUUCAACCGCAAUGCACUGGCUCGUCGAAAAAGGCGGCGCCAACCCAAAUGACCGCAACGCAUCAGGCCACACAGCCAUAACGACGGCAAUCCGCGAUAAUCGGCCCGAGGUACUAGAAUGGCUGCCAGCGCACGGCGCAGAUCCAAACGUCCGCGGCCAGGACUGGCCCAUAUACAUGGCUGUUCAGUCGCCAGCCCUAUUGCGUCUGCUUUUACCGGGCAUCAAAAACCUAGGCGCGCAUAAGGGUGUCAUGGAGAAGGCGGUUCAGGCGAAUCAUCUCGAAAACGUGAAGCUUCUCCUAGAAGCGGGCGCGAAUAUAGAGUGGAAGAAUGGUGGUGUGUUUUCUCCAUUGACGACGGCGCUACGCGAGCGACAUGCAGAUCUUGUUCGUUUUCUUCUCGGGGAGGGUCAUGCUGACCCAAAUGCUCCUGGUGAACAUCUUCCCCUUGUUAAGGCGAUACGUCGGUGUGAUGAUGGGGAUUUUUCCAUGAUUGAAUUACUCCUUGAGAAAGGUGCCGAUCCGAAUAAAUGUUAUCGUGACUGGAAUGCAAUCAUGCAGGCUAUUGAAGAUCGGGAUCUGAAGUUGUUGCGCCUGUUGAUUGAGAAGGGUGGUUCUGUCGAUCUUGAGCAAAAGGAUGAGACGGGCCAGACGGUUCUGGAGAUGGCGGAGGCUUCCGGCUGGCCGGAGGGAGUUCGGCUUUUGAUUGACAAUUCUCGCAAGUGA